AUGCUCAGGAACAGCUCUACUGAAGCCCCUGUUGCUACUGAGAGCAAACAGGGAAAAAAGAAAUCUCCUACCAAAGCUCCCCCUAAAAAGGGGGAACGUCCCAGUCAGAGGCUGAAGAGAUCCUUCAGUAGCGCAAAAAGGACAGAGGGAGCAUCCUCUGAGAAGCCCAUCACCCUUUCUGUCAAGGAGGAGGACAGUGAGGAAAAUGAGCCUAUUGCAAAAAGGUUGAAGAAAAGAGGAACGUCAGAACCUACACCAGCCGCUAAGGAGACGUCCCCAAGUAGCUCUGCUACUUCUGAGUCCUCUGACGUUCCAUCCCCUCCACCAUCACCUGCUCAUACUUCACCACCACCAAGAACACAACAACCCUCUCCUAGGCAACAACAAGGAGGGGGAAUGAAAGAAACAGAUGCAGCACUUGCUACAGAAGAACAAGUGGCUGAGCAAGAGGCUCAGCCACAAAAGAAACCUGACAAAGGAAAAGCGAUUCUUGUUGAAUCCCCUAAAAAGAAAAAGCCAACUGUGCCCAGGAAAAUCAGCCUGGGAGGGCCCUUCUCUUGCCCCAUUAUUCGUCCUGAUACUUCUAGGGACGAGGCCAUUGCUAGGGCUCUAGCAUAA